GCGUGCGUGGCCCUGUCCGCGCUGCUCACACGGGCUCUUCGAGGGAUCGGCGUCACAUGACUCCGCCUGCCCCUGCCCGUGCGCAGCUCGCCAGCCCCUCAGUUCGCCCGGCGCCGGGGGAGGGUCGGGCGGCCUCUCUGGGGCCCGGGGGCGCCGCGGAGCAGAGGAGAGCUUCCGGCGGGGAACGGUGCGCCUCUCUUCCAGAAGCCGCGGCUCGGCGCCGGCUCCAGGAGUGUAGAUAUUCGGGGGGAGGGGAGAGCGACCAGGAGCGAGCGGGCGAGCGAGGCGGCGCGCGGCGCGCACGGACGGGGGGCUGCGGGGUGCCGCGCGGAGAAGAUGUAAGCGCGUGGGGUCUCGCUGGCCUCCGAGCACCAUGCAGAAGGGGAUCCGGCUGAACGAUGGCCACGUCGCGUCCCUGGGGCUGCUGGCGCGCAAGGACGGCACGCGCAAGGGCUACCUGAGCAAGCGGAGUUCGGACAACACAAAAUGGCAAACCAAGUGGUUCGCGCUGCUGCAGAACCUGCUCUUCUACUUCGAGAGCGACUCGAGCUCGCGGCCCUCGGGGCUCUACCUGCUGGAGGGCUGCGUCUGCGACCGCGCGCCGUCCCCCAAGCCCGCGCUCUCGGCCAAGGAGCCGCUGGAGAAGCAGCACUAUUUCACGGUCAACUUCAGCCACGAGAACCAGAAGGCCCUGGAGCUGAGGACGGAGGAUGCCAAGGACUGUGAUGAGUGGGUGGCAGCCAUCGCGCACGCCAGCUACCGGACCUUGGCCACGGAGCACGAGGCGCUGAUGCAGAAGCACCUGCACCUGCUGCAGAUCGUGGAGACGGAGAAGACCGUGGCCACACAGCUCCGGCGGCAGAUCGAGGACGGGGAGACUGAGAUAGAGCGGCUCAAGGCAGAGAUCGCGACUCUGCUCAGGGACAAUGAGCGCAUCCAGUCCACCCAGACCGUCACCCCCAGCGACGAGGACAGUGACAUCAAGAAGAUUAAGAAGGUGCAGAGCUUCCUGCGCGGCUGGCUGUGCAGGCGCAAGUGGAAGACCAUCAUCCAGGACUACAUCCGCUCGCCGCACGCCGACAGCAUGCGGAAGCGGAACCAGGUGGUGUUCAGCAUGCUGGAGGCCGAGGCCGAGUACGUGCAGCAGCUGCACAUCCUGGUCAACAACUUCCUGCGGCCGCUGCGCAUGGCCGCCAGCUCCAAGAAGCCCCCCAUCACGCACGAUGACGUCAGCAGCAUCUUCCUGAACAGCGAGACCAUCAUGUUCCUGCACCAGAUCUUCUACCAGGGCCUGAAGGCCCGCAUCUCCAGCUGGCCAACCCUGGUGCUGGCCGACCUGUUCGACAUCCUGCUGCCCAUGCUGAACAUCUACCAGGAGUUCGUGCGGAACCACCAGUACAGCCUGCAGAUCCUGGCGCACUGCAAGCAGAACCGCGACUUCGACAAGCUGCUGAAGCACUACGAGGCCAAGCCCGACUGCGAGGAGAGGACGCUGGAGACCUUCCUCACCUACCCCAUGUUCCAGAUUCCCAGGUACAUCCUGACGCUGCACGAGCUCCUGGCCCACACCCCCCACGAGCACGUGGAGAGGAACAGCCUGGACUAUGCCAAGUCCAAGCUGGAGGAGCUGUCCAGGAUAAUGCACGAUGAAGUGAGCGAGACGGAGAACAUCCGGAAAAACCUGGCCAUCGAGCGCAUGAUUAUCGAAGGCUGCGAGAUCCUGCUGGACACCAGCCAGACCUUCGUGAGGCAAGGCUCCCUCAUCCAGGUGCCCAUGUCCGAGAAGGGCAAGAUCACCAGGGGCCGCCUGGGCUCUCUGUCCCUGAAGAAAGAGGGCGAGCGGCAGUGUUUCCUGUUCUCCAAGCACCUCAUCAUCUGCACCAGGGGCUCCGGAGGGAAGCUUCACCUGACCAAGAACGGAGUCAUUUCCCUCAUCGACUGCACCUUGCUGGAGGACCCGGAGAGCACGGAGGAAGAAGCCAAAGGACCCAACCAAGACAUAGACCACUUGGAUUUUAAGAUCGGGGUGGAGCCCAAGGAAUCCCCGCCGUUCACGGUCAUCCUGGUGGCCUCGUCCAGACAGGAGAAGGCGGCGUGGACCAGCGACAUCAGCCAGUGUGUGGACAACAUCCGCUGCAACGGGCUCAUGAUGAAUGCGUUUGAGGAGAAUUCCAAGGUGACGGUGCCGCAGAUGAUCAAGUCGGACGCCUCCCUGUACUACGACGAUGUGGACAUCCGCUUCAGCAAGACCAUGAACUCCUGCAAAGUGCCGCAGAUCCGGUACGCCAGCGUGGGCCGGCUGCUGGAGCGGCUGACCGACCUGCGCUUCCUCAGCAUCGACUUCCUCAACACCUUCCUACACUCCUACCGCGUCUUCACCACCGCCGUCGUGGUCCUGGACAAGCUCAUCACCAUCUACAGGAAGCCCGUCAGCGCCGUCCCCGCCAGCCUGUGCCACGAGGUCGUGCCCAGUUACCAGACGAGCGAGCAGAGUCCCUGCGGGUCUGACCGCCCCGGCCGAGCCCCAGACCCACGAUCUCGAGGGUCUCAGGUCCCCACAAGGUGCUGCCCACGUGGCGGCCCCUGGACACGAGAGGUGGGGGGCCGGAGCUCCCGCCUCGCUGACCCCCGCCUGAAGCCCGCCUCCGAGGUGAGCUUGAGCCCCAACACCAGGUCUCCCGAACCAGCCCUCCUCUGGGGACGCCAGCAGCUGGACCCCCACCGGCGCCUGCUCUGGGGCCAUGAAGGCGGCCCGCCCGUCCCGAGGCGGCUCCAGCUGGGCCCCUGGUUUCCUAACGGCCCAGGGCUGGACCGGCGAAGGCUGAGCACCGGCCUCCUUCCCUCCGCAGAGUUCCCCCUCUUCUCCUAUAACAACGGGGUCGUCAUGACCUCAUGUCGGGACCUGGACGGCAGCCGCAGCGCCCUGUCGGCGGCCUCGGCCUUUGCCAUAGCAACGGCGGGAGCCAACGAGGGCACCCCGAGCAAGGACAAGUACCGCAGGAUGUCCCUGGCCAGCGCAGGGUUUCCCCCUGACCAGCGGAACGGAGACAAGGAGUUUGUGAUCCGCAGAGCGGCCACCAACCGCGUCCUGAACGUGCUGCGCCACUGGGUCUCCAAGCACUCUCAGGACUUUGAGACCAACGAGGAGCUGAGAGGCAAGGUGAUCAGCUUCCUGGAGGAAGUCAUGCAUGACCCCGAGCUCCUGACCCAGGAGAGGAAGGCCGCGGCCAACAUCAUCAGGACUCUGACCCAGGAGGACCCGGGUGACAACCAGGUCACGCUGGAGGAGAUCACACAGAUGGCCGAAGGCGUGAAGGCAGAGCCCUUUGAAAACCACUCGGCCCUGGAGAUCGCGGAGCAGCUGACCCUGCUGGACCACCUCGUCUUCAAGAAGAUCCCUUACGAGGAGUUCUUCGGACAAGGCUGGAUGAAGCUGGAGAAGAAUGAGAGGACCCCUUACAUCAUGAAAACCACGAAGCACUUCAACGACAUCAGUAACUUGAUCGCUUCGGAGAUCAUCCGGAACGAGGACAUCAAUGCGCGGGCGAGCGCCAUCGAGAAGUGGGUGGCCGUGGCGGACAUCUGCCGCUGCCUGCACAACUACAACGCCGUCCUGGAGAUCACCUCGUCCAUGAACCGCAGCGCCAUCUUCCGGCUCAAGAAGACGUGGCUCAAAGUCUCCAAGCAGACGAAAGCCUUGAUCGACAAGCUGCAGAAGCUGGUGUCGUCAGAGGGCAGAUUUAAGAAUCUCCGAGAAGCUCUGAAAAAUUGUGACCCACCCUGUGUCCCUUACCUGGGGAUGUACCUCACUGACCUGGCCUUUAUCGAAGAGGGGACGCCCAAUUACACGGAGGACGGCCUGGUCAACUUCUCCAAGAUGAGAAUGCUGCGGCACGUCUGCCCGUGUGCCCGGCCUGGCGCCCCACCCCCGCGAGGCCCCGUGUCCCCGGUCACCUGCCACCUGCCCGUGCCCUCCUCUUGUCAGGUGACCCAGUACCUGCUGGACCAGUCCUUCGUCAUGGACGAGGAGAGCCUCUACGAGUCUUCCCUGCGAAUGGAGCCCAAGCUCCCCACCUGAAGCUGGGCCCCCCGACGGCCCCCGACGGCGCCCCGACGCACGCGGUGUGCUGUGUACAUAAUUGUCGGUUCUUGGGUUUUCCUCCUAGUAUGUGCUUCUCCAAGAACACAAGUCCGUUCUUCUUAGAUCCCCGUAGAACUGGAAUCGGAGUCUCCCCUCCGUCUGAGACUCCGCCCCCGCCCCGCCCCCGCCGCGCCCCUUCUGUUCCAGCCGCGUCUGUCGCCCUCCCAGCCCCCCACUCUCUUGGACGGGGAGACGGAGCCCGGAGCCCGUGCAGACGCUGGCCUGGCCGCCAUCCCGCUUCUGUCCUCCCGCGGCCCAGGCCCCGGGCUGAGGCGCCCCCCCCCCCCCCCGGGCAACCUUCCAGCAUGUUCCACUAGUCGUUAUAACUGGGGGGUGGGGGGAGGCGGGAGGGGACCGCACCCUGAAGUCCAGUCAUUCACGGAUCUUCCCGCUGACGGUGAUGCCAGUUUCCAAAGCAGCUUUUCCAGCCAAAGCCCCAGGGGUCAGAACUCUCCGUCUCCCGGUGACCUGGACGGAGGGGUCCUCUCCGCCGAGAACCAUGCCCCGCGACACCAGCGCCCCCCUCGUGCGGCCCCAGCCGCCUCCAUGAGCCCGGACGAGGCCCCGGGGCGCCCCCAGGGGAGCGGAGUCCCGACACAAAGUCGGGGCGACUUCUGCCAACCGCUGCCCGGCAUCCGCCGCAGGUCAGGGACACAGAAGAUGUCAUGCCUCUCGUAGCCGCCCACCGGUCACUACAAGCUUACGUUGAGAUGCAUCGAGUCUGUACGCUUUGUGACAAUAGUCCGCACUGUAGAGCUAGGGAGCCAGUAAGCGAGUGUCUGUGUUGCACACGCCGUGGUCCCGUCGGAACGCCUCCCGGCAGGUCCGGCCGCUCAGUCAGCGCUCGGGCCGCGAAGGCCACACAGGUCCGCUCGGGCGCGGCCCCAGGACGGCGCGCGGACCGCUCCUGCUGUAAGCAAUACCUUAGCGGUAUGAAGAUUCUCUUCCAAGUCCUAAAAUAUUUCAACUUACAGCUUGUUUGGAAAAAAAAAAUUUCCAUUUUUGUAAAAAUAUAUGUUUCCUUAUUACCUCUUGCUAAUAAAUCUCUUCUAUCUCAGGGUGAA